AUUCUCCUUAGUUAUCAUUUGUAUCCUCGUUCUAUCUUCCCAUUUUUUGCUUUUCUUGCCUUCUCCCUUACAAUCCCACCUUUUCCAUUGCUGACUCGGGCAUGCCAUGUGCCGCGCUAACAAACCAACCAACCAGAGGCGGGAUUGUACGGUAAAAUCGUAAGGUAACGUUAUGCGGCAACUUCCGUCGCAUCCACUGCAGCGUCAUGGACCUGAUGGAGAGAUCGGCUACAUUUCUGCAGGGUUCUCACCGCGAAGUGAUUUGUUGCCGCCAGCCCAGAGGAAGCCGACGUUUUUUUGACCCGGACACCGCAUUCCAUCAGAAGUCGGAUCUGCCCACCCAAGCUACCAUGUCUUGAGUGCGGCGCUGUGUGCAUCAUGCUCAUUUCGAUGCGCGCAUUUCCAGGAGGAGAUGCGCCUGCAGCGAAUUUCAUCCGACUUGCCCGACAUCACGCCGCCCGCCGUUCAUGUCGCCAUCUAGCUGCCCUCCCGCCGCGCCGGUGGGACUCAACGGUAGCUGUUGUACCUCCUGUCGCUGAUAGGAAUCUCGCAGUCGCCUGCGAGGCCCGCUUCAAUGAGAUCGGCGUCCAACAGCUGAGCACCACCAUCUACAAGCAGCUGUUUCCCCAGGGCAACACGUGUCCCCCCUCUCCCGAGCUUGUCGAGCUUGCGCGCGACCACCUUCACCGCCAUGAUCUUCUGGGCAAGAACACCGACAACACACCUCCAAUCGCUUUUGAUUUGCCACCCCUGGCCGGCCAGACACUUGAUGAACACUUCCACAAGCUCGGCGUCGACGCCGCCGAGCCCUUCCUGACGCAUGCGAAGCGGCUGGCCAAGUCGACACUGCCGCCCAAACCAAAGACAUGGGUGCGCCGGAGCGGAUGGACGAAAUAUCUCCCGGAUGGAACGACCGAGGAGGUCGAGGUGCCCGAGGGGAACCUGCUUGUUUUCGACACCGAGGUCAUGUGGAAGGAGACUCCCUAUGCCGUCAUGGCCUGCGCCGGCACCCCAGACGCAUGGUAUGCAUGGCUGUCGCCGUGGUUGCUGGGAGAGACGGAGAAUGAACAUCAGCUGGUACCGUUGGGGGACCGCACGAAGGAGAGGGUAAUCGUGGGACACAACGUCGGAUUCGACCGAGCGCGGAUCUUGGAGGAGUACGAUCUACAGCAGACACGAAAUUCGUUCCUCGACACCAUGUCACUACACGUUGCCGUCAACGGCAUGUGCUCGCAACAGCGGCCAACCUGGAUGAAGCACAAAAAAAACCGGGAGCUGAGGGACAAGAUCGCCAAGGAGUCGAGCAACAUUGAACUGGUCGAUCUACUCAAUAAUGGUGCCUUUACCGCCGAGGAGGAAGAGCUUUGGGUUGAGAGGAGCUCCAUCAACUCCCUUCGGGACGUUGCAAAGUUUCAUCUCAAUGUGUCGAUUGACAAGGAGCUGCGGAACGCUUUCGGCGAGCUGAAUCGGGACGGGGUGCUGGAAAAGCUGGACGAGCUGCUAACCUAUUGCGCGGCAGACGUCGCCAUCACGCAUCGUGUGUACCAGAUCGUCUUUCCCAAUUUCCUACGUGUAUGCCCUCAUCCCGUGAGUUUUGCCGCCUUGCGCCAUCUCUCGUCUGUCAUCUUGCCCGUCGACAAGUCGUGGGACUCAUAUCUUGCCAAUGCGGAAGCCACUUAUCACAAGCUCUCGGAUGCCGUCCAGGAACGCCUCAUCUCGCUGGCCGAGAAGGCCCUAGAGAUCAAGGACGACCGGGAGAAAUGGGCCAACGACCCGUGGAUGUCGCAGUUAGAUUGGUCCGGUCAGGAGAUCAAGAUGGUGAAGGGCAAGAAAAAGAACGACUCACCACGGCCGGCAGCAAGGCAGAAGAAACCGGGCAUGCCCCAGUGGUACAAGGACUUGUUCGCCAAGAACGACUCUCCCAUCAAUAUCAGCGUCCGCACAAGGAUCGCGCCGCUGCUCCUCCGGUUGGCGUGGGACGGCCAUCCGCUAUUCUGGUCCGACAAGCACGGCUGGACCUUCAGGGUGCCCCGCAACGAGGCAAAGAAGUAUACGGACCGGCAAAUGAUGCCGUGCGACUUGGCGGAUGAGCCGAUAGCGGCACUGAAGGACGACCGAGACCACUUCUACUUCAAGCUGCCGCACAAGGACGGACCCGCAGCUCGCUGCGCCAGUCCGAUGGCCAAGGGUUACCUCCCGUAUUUCGAGAAGGGGACGCUCUCGUCCGAGUAUCCCUACGCCAAAGAGGCGCUCGAGAUGAACGCCUCGUGCUCAUACUGGAUCAGUGCGCGGGACAGGAUAAUGUCCCAGCUGGUUGUUUAUCAGGACAACCUCCCUUCCGCCGCCAAACUUACACAACCAGUCAGGGACUCGGAGACGCCGGUCGGUGGCUUCAUCCUGCCCCAGGUAAUUCCCAUGGGCACAAUCACCCGCCGAGCGGUGGAAAACACGUGGCUCACGGCAUCCAACGCAAAGAAGAACCGCGUUGGGUCGGAGCUCAAGGCUAUGGUCCGCGCUCCGCCGGGAUAUGUUUUUGUGGGCGCCGAUGUCGACUCGGAAGAAUUGUGGAUUGCCUCGGUAGUGGGUGAUGCAACGUUCCGGAUCCACGGCGGCAACGCUAUCGGCUUCAUGACGCUCGAGGGCACCAAGGCUGCGGGGACGGACCUCCACAGCCGCACGGCAUCGAUUUUGGGCAUCACCCGGAAUGACGCCAAGGUGUUCAACUACGGGCGCAUUUACGGCGCCGGCCUUAAGUUUGCUGCACAGCUAUUGCGACAGUUUAACCCCAGCCUGAGCGAAAAGGACACGCUUCUGGUCGCCAGCAAGCUCUAUGCUACGACCAAGGGCACCAAGACCAACCGCAAAUCAUUAUACAAACGGUCGUUCUGGCGUGGGGGAACCGAGUCGUUUGUGUUCAACAAGCUCGAAGAAUUCGCCGAGCAAGAACGCCCCCGUACCCCGGUCCUGGGCGCGGGCAUCACCGAAGCCCUCUUGGGCCGCUUCAUCAGCAAGGGAGGAUAUCUAACCUCGCGCAUCAACUGGGCUAUCCAGUCCAGCGGCGUCGACUACCUGCACCUCCUCAUCGUCGCCAUGGAUUACCUCAUCCGGCGCUUCAACCUCGGCGCGCGCUUGGCCUUGACCGUGCACGACGAGAUUCGGUACCUGGUCCGGGAAAACGACAAGUACCGCGCCGCCAUGGCGCUGCAGGUCGCCAACCUCUGGACGCGCACCAUGUUCGCGCAGCAAGUCGGCAUCCACGACCUGCCGCAGAGCUGCGCCUUCUUCUCGGCCGUCGACAUCGACCGCGUCCUGCGGAAAGAAGUCGACAUGGACUGUGUCACACCCUCCAACCCGACGCCGAUCCCUCCCGGAGAGAGCAUCGACAUUACCAGUCUGCUUGCCAAGGGCGACGAAGCUUGCCUCGACGAGCGCAUCGUCCCAAAUAACGCAUCCCUGGCACCCAAGCUCGACGACAUCCCGUACACGCCCCGCGUGCCGGUGAUGCAAGCGCUGCGCGAAGCCGAGGCAGCCGCCAACGAUCCGGCUGCGGAGCUUCGCUUCAUCCGCGCGCAGAUAUGUAAUGAUGAGAAGGAGUUUCGGGAGAUUCUCAAGGAGACGAGGAGGCCUCCACUCACCUCAACGACAGGCACUACUACCACUACCGCUACCGCUGUUACAUCUACUACUAAGAAGCAGCAGCCUACCAAAUCUGCCACCGGGGCGAAAGCCACUCCUCCGGCUGCUGCUGCCAAAGCCAAGAAGUCGGUGCUGCCGUACUAUGCCUCGCCGCAGCUGAUGCCGGUUCACGCGGGCCAGCAGCGCGAGCCCAUGUCUGUGAUGGAAGCGCUAGGAAGCGUAGCGGGGCGGUUCAGUCCGGGCGCGGCGGGUGGGUUUGAGAGGGCUAAGUGGGAUUGGAGGUCAUCUGGGUCUCGGGUUAACGGGGCUAGGAAGUUCACUGGGAGGAUGUGAAUUUAUAUGGUUGGUGAUAGGGAGUAGGGGUAAGAUGUACGAGCGCAGGCCAAGAGGUGGGCUUUUAUACAGGGGAUGUUGGGGUAAGAGCUAGGUUACUACUCCCUUAUUUUCUUGAUUAUAAGGUAUCUAACUGUAAAUAAAUUACUUGCUGGGAUGUAGCUAUAUGGGGUUCUGACUAGGGAGUUACAGGGCACAGAAAGGGAAGGCGGGCGUCGCUUCACUGUUGCUGCAUUGUUGGCGGUCAUGAACUGGGCUGGAGUCUUGGGACCGGGGUGUCAAAAAGCCUGGUUGGGAACUAUCACUCUAUAUCUUCCUGUACUAUUUUGUCUUAAUGAUGUAGCAUAAGCUGAUAGCCUGUCC